GCUCAAAAUCCUCGUAUUAUUGAACAUCCUAUGGAUAUGGUGGUGCCUAAAAAUGAUCCUUUUACAUUUAACUGCAAAGCAGAGGGAAGUCCUAAGCCUUCUAUACAAUGGUUUAAGGAUGGUUAUGAAUUGAAAACCGAUUCAGGUUCACAUCGUAUUUUAAUGCCAGCGGGUGAUUUGUUUUUUCUAAAGGUUAUUCACUCACGGCGUGAAAGUGAUGCUGGUACUUAUUGGUGUCAAGCUAAAAAUGAGUUUGGUGUAGCCAGAUCACGUAAUGCAACACUACAAGUGGCAUUUUUGCGUGAUGAAUUCCGCUUAGAACCCCAGAACACUCGAGUAGCUCAAGGCGAAGUAGCCAUUAUGGAAUGUGGACCACCAAGGGGAUCACCUGAACCUCAAGUGUCAUGGCGUAAAAAUGGACAAACUUUAAAUUUAAAUGGCAACAAAAGAAUACGUGUAGUCGAUGGUGGUAAUUUGGCCAUACAAGAUGUAAGACAAUCCGAUGAUGGACGCUAUCAGUGUGUGGUAAAAAAUGUAGUGGGUACCAGAGAAUCAUCAACAGCUUUUCUAAAAGUACACACCCGACCAUUUUUAAUACGUGGCCCCCAAAAUCAAACUGCUGUAGUGGGUACCUCAGUGAUAUUUCAAUGUCGUAUUGGUGGUGAUCCAUUGCCGGAUGUCCUGUGGCGUCGUACUGCCUCUGGUGGUAAUAUGCCAUUACGUCGUGUCACCGUUUUGGAAGAUCGCAGUUUAAAGCUUGACGACAUAACUCUUGAAGAUAUGGGCGAAUAUACUUGUGAGGCCGACAAUGCAGUGGGUUCUAUAACAGCCACAGGAACUUUGGUAGUACAUGCUCCUCCCAAAUUUACUUUACGACCUAAAAAUCAAUUCGUUGAAGUGGGUGAUGAGGUCUUAUUUGAAUGUCAAGCUAGUGGUUAUCCCAAACCCACUGUCUAUUGGUCCUUGGAGGGUAAUAGCUCUUUACUUUUCCCUGGCUAUAAAGAUAAUCGCAUCGAAGUGACACUCACACCCGAGGGACGUUCGGUACUUUCCAUAUUCCGUUUUGCCCGUGAAGAUUCUGGUAAAGUUAUUGUCUGUAAUGCUUUAAAUGCUGUCGGCAGUGUUAGCAGUCGUAUUGUGGUUACGGUAGAUACUCAAUAUGAAUUACCACCACCGGUUAUUGAACAGGGUCCUGUUAAUCAGACUUUGCCUGUUAAGUCUUUUGUUACCCUACCCUGUCGUACUUUGGGCUCUCCCAUACCUCAAGUACAAUGGUAUUUGAAUGGUAUACCGGUAGAUGUUAAUGAACAUGAACGUCGCAAUAUGUCCGAAAUGGGUGCUUUGACUAUUGUGGAUUUGGUGAAGGGUGAAGAUGAGGGUUUAUAUACCUGCGUGGCUAGUAAUCGUAAUGGCAAAUCUUCCUGGAGUGGUUAUUUACGUUUGGAUACUCCUACCAAUCCUAAUAUUAAAUUCUUUAGAGCACCUGAACUUUCGACAUUUCCGGGACCUCCGGGUAAACCUCAGGUGGUGGAUAAAACCGAAGAUUCGAUUAGUUUGUCUUGGACACGCAGUAAUAAAGUGGGUGCCUCUAGUUUGGUGGGUUAUGUAGUGGAAAUGUUUGCUAAAAAUGAAACCGAUGGUUGGUUGCAAGUGGCUUCCAGAGUUCAGAAUACAACUUAUACACAAGUGGGUUUAUUGCCGGGUACAAAUUAUUUCUUUUUGAUUAGAGCGGAAAAUACACAUGGAGUAUCGUUGCCUUCGCCUAUAUCGGAGCCCAUUACAGUGGGAACGAAAUACUUUAAUAGUGGCUUAGAUUUGAGUGAAGCUCGCGCCAGUUUAUUGUCUGGAGAUGUAGUAGAACUUAUCAAUGCUAGUGUUGUGGAUUCCACUAGUAUGAAAUUAUCUUGGCAGAUCAUCAAUGGUAAAUAUGUUGAGGGUUUUUAUAUUUACGCACGUCAACUUAUGGAAACUUCAUCAGGCUCUACAGCCAAUACUAAUCCAUUAGUAGCCGCUGCACGUAGCAGUAGCAGCAGUAAUAGUAAUACCCGUUCAACAGCUGCCUCUUCAUCCGCAUUGAUUUCAGCUUCAAAACCAAAUAUUGCCAGACGUGAUGGUACACCCUAUGUACUGACGUCGUCCACCACACCUUCCUCCAUAUUACAAUCGGCUGCUUCAUAUAUUGGCAGUACUUCGUAUCGUAUGUUGACCAUUUUGAAUGGUGGUGGUGCCUCAUCCUGUACCAUGACUGGACUUUUACAAUAUACUUUAUAUGAAUUUUUCAUUGUACCCUUUUAUAAAUCGGUCGAGGGUAAACCAUCAAAUUCACGUGUGGCACGAACUUUAGAAGAUGACGCCAAAAGCUUAGAAACCCUUAAAAAUAAACAGCAGCAUCUUUUGUAA